AUGGAAAAUAUUGCGGGAAAACAGAGCUAUGACCCAGCAUUAAAAGUCCAAUUGUUCCUGGAUGCCCUGGCGGUUCUCGGUGAAAGGCCAGUCGAAGAGGGGAGCCUGAUCGCGCGCUUAUGCUCCUCACUGAUUAUCGUUUUUGGCGACACUAUGCAAAAGCUGGGUAGAACCAAGUUAUCUGAGCAAGAAGACAGACCUUCCGCUAGUAUCAGUCUACAAAGAAGCAUUGACCGGUUAAGACUUUGGUCCGAUAAUUAUGGGAUAUGCGCUGGUGAUCAAGACACCAGCUUCAGCAAAUCCAGACGUUUGAGACACGCCACUACAGAGAUUCUAACUAGUAUCAGUGACACUGUUCUUGAGAGACUUGAACCAAUGACAUCUUCGAAGAAAAGCGAAGUAUCAAAUACAGCUGGAGAAUCAACAAGAAAGUUGCAAGAUAUCCUUGAGGUGGCCCAUAGCGCUUUGGACCAUGACGCCUCCUCAUCGGACAGCGGCUCUGCUUAUGGCCCUGACAGUUUUAUAGAGAUCGCAAAAGACCUCGAAACUGAUACCAUGUGUCUCAUGGCACUGGAUACACUAUUUCAAAGCGUCGAACUGGAACCAUUUGUCGAGAAAACAGCUGUUGCAGACGAAGCACAGAGUUGGCGACCACAUGAUAUUUACAAAGACAAGAUCCAGACAAGAUUUCCACGAGCAGAAAGCUCUUUGAUUCUGAGACUCUCCAAAACUGCUUACCACCGCUAUCUCAGGUGCCAAAAAGAACGGCAAAACCAAGCUGCAGAGGUUGGGAAUAUCGAUUUCAUCCUGCAUGCACGAUCAGAGGGUUCCAGUUCCAAAUUUCAUGACUCAGGACUCGGAACUUCAAUCCCUUCCUCGGCCUCUGUAGCAGAAACAGUCAUGUCGUACCAUGCUGAAGGAGGGAACCCGAUUAGAAUCCCGCCGUUAUCAAAAGAAGCAAAGGAGGGCCAGCCUUUUGAGUGUGUUUCUUGUGGUAAACUACUCUCCAUCCGCAAUAACUCAGAAUGGAAGCGGCACCUAUACAAAGAUCUGCUUCCCUGGCAAUGCCUUUACCCAGACUGUUCUUUUACCGCGGUUUUUGAGUCCCGCGAGGAUUGGGUAGCUCAUAUUGCAGAUGAUCACAAGCUCGGGCCGAAUUGGCGUCCGAUUAUCUGCCCCCUUUGUCUCGAUACAACUACCUCGGGAAAGAUGUCCAUCACGAAACAUCUCUGUAACCAUCUUGAAGAAAUAUCUUUAGCAGCACUUCCAGCAAAUCCAGAUCUUGAGUCAAACGCGGGAUCCGAAGAUGGUUCGGUGUCUUCUGGAUCCCAGGUCGAAAGUACGAGUGAGAAGAACGACCCAGCAGAACCUCCGGCAGAUCUCCCAGACAGUCCAAUUCUACAGGAUGCACUUGAUUAUCUGGACAAGGUCCGGUCAGCAUGUCGUGAUACGCCUAACGUGUAUAAUCAGUUUCUUGACAUUAUGAAGGAUUUCAAAGCAGAAUUAAUCGACACACAGGGUGUGGUGCACCAAGUGCGAGGUCUUUUUGUAGAUACUAAUAAUGAGGAACUUAGCUCAAUGUUUUUGGGGUUCAACAGAUUCUUGCCACCUGGAUACUCUAUCGACAGUGAUUUCAAUCUACGGCUCCCAGAUGAUGUGGCACCGCAAGAUGAACUUGAUACUUCCGAUAUACGACCGACUGGAGGAGACGCUGUAUUGAUCGAGUAUCUUGGUAACGGCAGGGAUCCCGAGAUUGCUCGAGCGGCGGGUCGUGAAUCCCUUCCAUGCGAUGCUGCAUCUAUCUCGGUGGACACACCGUCUACAGGAUCACCAAUCGAUCAAGAUGAAAGAUAA